GCGCUGACGUCAGAGCGCGGCGUGCGGCAGAGACGGGCCGGGGGCUGUGGGAGCCAUGAGCAAAGCGCACCCGCCCGAGCUGAAGAAGUUCAUGGACAAGAAGCUGUCGUUGAAGCUGAACGGCGGCCGGCACGUGCAGGGCAUCCUGCGGGGCUUCGACCCCUUCAUGAACCUCGUCAUCGACGAGUGCGUGGAGAUGGCGCCGGGCGGGCAGCAGAACAACAUCGGCAUGGUGGUGAUCCGAGGGAACAGCAUCAUCAUGCUGGAAGCUUUGGAACGAGUAUAAACCCCAGGAAACCCCAAAUGCUGACCCACUGGUUCCAUUCCCUUGUCCAAGACACCUCUCACAAGUGUACAAUUAUUUUGUUUUUGUAAUUAAAUCAAUUUUGUAAUGGUUGACCUAA